GAUCGGGCCCAUGAUCUCCGUGGUAAUGGCACCAAUCUUACUCCAUGCCGCUUCGCAAGAGCUCUCCCUGUCAACCGAUGAGCACAUGUUUGCCACUGCAGCGCUCCUGUUGAUGAUUGCAAGCCUAUCCGUAAUCGGAUGCGUGCUUGAGGAGACCUGCCAGUGCCCGCGCAACUUCCCUCUCCUGGUUUUGGUUGCGCAAAUCAGCACUUUGGUUUUGGCAGUGGUCAUUUGGCCAUCCCUGUUCGGGACCAGCUUGCCGAAGCCGAAUGAGGUCGAGGAGUGGCUGUCAAAGCGUUGGCAGAACGUCCUACGAGCAAGGGGCAUAGCUGACCCCGUAGUCGCCACGCAAGCUGCCCAAGCUUCUGGAAAUGUUGAAGCAGAUGUUGCCUCUGCUAACCUCCGCGGUGCAGUAGAGACUCCGGAGCCCUCCACCCCUCUUCCAGCUCCAGUGGGCUGGCUCUCUGCUGGCGAAGGGUACUGCGAAGAUGGCAAGUCCCACCAAGAGUUCAACUCCUUGCACGCCAUCGGGAAGACUCUUCAGGAAUGCGCUGACGUGGCCAUGUCGGACCCGGAGAGUGUUGCUUUAGACUUCUCCACUGCUGACGGUGGCUGCGAUAUACG